AUGGUUUUGGUCUCGAUGGAAACAGGAGCGAAAGAGCUCGUCGACGCCGAAAUUACCGAAGUUCCUCGAAGUUUUCACUACCCUUCUUCUACUAUAUCCAACAACAGACCUGAUGAUAUCUCCGGCUUAAACCUCACCUUCCCAAUCAUCCAUCUCAGAGAAAUAAACAACGAGAGAAACGCCAUCGUCUCGAAGAUCAAAGACGCAGCAGAGAAUUGGGGAUUUUUUCAGGUGAUCAAUCAUGGUGUUCCUUUAUCAGUUCAUGAAGAGAUAAACAAGGAGUUCGAAGGUUUCACGAAGAAGAUCUGA